AUGAGAUUCAACCCGGUGGCAGAACACGUAGCAGGGAAGAACAUGGUGGUAGCGGAUAUGCUCUCACGGGCACCACUGAACUACAAAGAAAAUUCCAGUGCAGCGGAAAUCCACAACCUGGUAGAGGAAGAAGAAGCCUACACGGAGUCCGUCAUGGAAACAAAACCUAUGUCAGACCAUAAACUCACAGAGAUUCAGGAAGCCACGACACAGGACAAGACUCUUCAGCUUAUCAUGUCACUGACUAGGAACGGUUGGCCGGCGGCAUACAGAGAUGUGCCAAUACCAGCACGAGCGUACUAUCCAGUCAGAGGUGAACUGUCAGUAAUCAGAAACAUUCUACUGUACAGAGACAGGAUUGGGAUCCCGGAAGUGAUGAGAACAGACAUUCUCGAUAGGAUUCAUGAGGGACACCAGGGACUGACAAAGUGUCGUGAAUGUGCAGGAUUGAGUGUGUGGUGGCCUGAACUCAACCAACACAUUCAGGAUAAAGUAUCCUCCUGUACAUUUUGCCAGAUCAACCAAUCAGCACAGAGAAAGGAGCCACUACAGCCAAGUUCCCUACCCGAUCCACCAUGGCAGAGAGUUGCGGCCGAUCUAUGCACAAUCAAGGGACUCCAAUACCUUGUAGUGAUCGACUGCUUUUCACGAUAUCUUGAAGUAGUGUAUCUAAUGGACACUACAUCGAAAGGUGUGAUUGGCAAACUCAAGUGCAUAUUCUCAAGAUGGGGUAUACCAGAAGAGCUAGUUACAGACAAGGGACCGCAGUUCGUAGCUCAUGUGUUUGUGCAGUUCAAGAAUCAGUAUGGAUUCAAACACACCACAUCUUCACCCCAUUUCCCACAAGCUAAUGGGAUGGUCGAAGUGAAAAUAGCAAAGCACGCUCUGAAGCAGAUUGAUCCUUCCUUGCUGUGUUAA